AUGGCGACCCCCGGCCUUCUUUACGUGACGAUGCAACCCCGCGAUUCCCUCCCCGCGGCCCAGUUCCACGACUGGUACAAUACCGAACACGGUCCCCUCCGUCUCCGUCUGCCCUUUGUCACUAAUGGCUUCCGCUAUCGUGCCGUCGACGGGAUCGAGCCCGAGUGGGUGGCUCCAUACGACAUUACCGACAUGGUGGAGCUGACGCGCGAGACCUACUUGGCUCUCCGUGGGGAUGGUAUAAAGACCCCACGCGAAAAGGCCACCAUGGCCCAGAUUGACGUUGAUCGCCGCCUUUAUGAUCUUCUCCAUGAUCACAAAGCCGCCGAUUACAAGCCUCUCGAGGAGAUACCCGACACUGAAGCCGCCGGCUCGGUACUUGUCUCCGCCUUGGUCUCCGUUCCCGCCGAUAAAGAAGAGGACCUCAAGACGUGGUAUUCUGAAGAACACUUCCCUAUGCUAGCACGUGUGCCGGGCUGGCGUCGCAGCCGCCUCUUUGCCACAUCGUCGAUCGACCCCAAAGCACCCCGGGAAUUCCUAUGCCUAUAUGAGUACAGCGCGAUCAACGGCUUAGGGGGCCCUGAACACAAAGCUGCGAUGGAUACCCCGUGGCGCAACCGCCUCAUGAAUGAUCCUGCGACGAGCAAGAAGCGCCGCGUUUACCAGUGGGCUUAUACAUUUGGCCCCGCGCCACGCGAAUUGUCUUCCCUGACCUCCAAGGAUGUCGUCGGACCUUGGGCUUCCAACGACGGUCGCACCAGAACGCUUCCUUCGGCCAAGCGCCCGGCCGUCGAGUCGUUUAUCACCACUCCGGACGGUGUAGAUCUCCCAUACCGUCUAGAGGGCAGCACCGACCCCCAUAGCCCUGUCAUUGUCCUGAGCAACUCUAUCCUCGUCGACUAUACCAUCUGGGACAGCUUUGUGGAUGCCUUUUUCUCCAACCCUAAGAACCAGAACUUCCGGAUCCUCCGGUACCUGACCCGUGGCCGUCUCCGCGAGUGCGGGGAGAAGCCCAUCAACAUUGACCUGCUGGCAUCUGAUAUCGUCGCGCUCCUCGAUGCCUUGCGGAUCCCCAAGGCGACCCUGAUUGGUGUCAGCCUGGGUGGCGUGACCGUUCUCAACACAUCGUUGCUGUACCCGGAUCGCGUGACGCGCUUCAUUUCCUGCGACACAAAUAGCUCGGCGCCCGAAUCCAACCGCAAGGCCUGGAACGACCGCGUAGCCAUGGCCGAAAGCGACGGUGCAGUGUCCGCCACCACCCAGGAGCCAAUUAUUGGUGAGCAGCUGUCUGAAGUCACCACCCGUCGGUGGUUCGUGCCUGAAUCAUACGAGACGCAGCCGGAAGUUCCCGCGAAGGUGAAGGAGAUUGUACGCAACAACAGCCUGGACGGUUUCCGCCAAGGCGUGCAAGCACUCUGCGCAUAUGAUGUCCGGGACCGCAUGGCUCAAGCACAGGUGCCUGGGUUGUUUGUCGCGGGCGAGGGAGACGGUGUCCUGCCGAAGACCAUGCAACAGAUGGCAAAUGAUUUGAAGGGUGGCGCCGAGCUGAAGCUGGUUCCUAAGGCUGGGCAUCUGCCUAUGGUCGAGCAACCCGCGGCCUUCGCUGAAAUUGUCAACGGAUAUCUACACGCAUAA